GUAUUGCGGGAAAAGUUAGCCGAGUGUAGUUCGAGCACGGUGUUAGCCGUGUUGACAAAUUUAUUAUACUAACUGAACAUGCAAAUACUACGACAAUUAGAUGUGCACCCAAAAGUGCGCGAAGAAGCGGAUAUUCUUGUGCGAACUUUCAGUGGUGCCGUUGUGACAAUCAUUAGUACAAUUAUUAUGGGUAUUUUGUUUCUAUCUGAAGUGAAUUAUUAUCUCACUCCAACAUUGAGUGAAGAAUUAUUUGUAGAUACUUCAAGAGGUUCAAAAUUAAGAAUUAACUUAGAUAUAAUUGUACCUACGAUAUCUUGUGAUCUUUUAUCUAUAGAUGCAAUGGACACAACAGGUGAACAACAUUUACAAAUAGAACAUAAUAUAUUUAAAAGGCGUUUAGAUUUAAAUGGAAAACCUAUAGAAGAUCCACAAAGAACAGAUAUUACUGACACAAAAGCACUUAAAACAACAGCAAAGACAUUAGAAAGUACUACAGAGAAAAUAUGUGGAGAUUGCUAUGGUGCUGCUAGUGAAAUUAUCAAGUGUUGUAACACUUGUGAAGAUGUAAGAGAAGCUUAUAGACUUAAGAAUUGGGCACCUCCUGUUCUAGGAAAUAUAAAACAAUGUCAAAAUGAUAAAUCGGUGGAAAAAAUGAAAACUGCUUUUACUCAAGGAUGUCAAAUUUAUGGUUAUAUGGAAGUAAAUAGAGUAGGUGGAAGUUUUCAUAUUGCACCAGGAGAUAGCUUCUCUGUAAAUCAUGUACAUGUACAUGAUGUCCAACCAUACACAUCAACACAAUUUAAUAUGACUCACAAGAUUCGUCACUUAAGUUUUGGACUAAAUAUUCCAGGAAAAACAAAUCCUAUGGAUGAUACCACUGUAGUUGCAAUGGAAGGUGCGAUGAUGUUUUAUCAUUAUAUCAAGAUUGUACCUACAACCUAUGUUCGCGCUGAUGGCUCUACAUUAUUAACAAAUCAAUUUUCUGUAACUCGACACGCUAGACAAGUUUCUUUAUUUAGUGGAGAAUCAGGAAUGCCAGGAAUAUUUUUUAAUUAUGAAUUAAGUCCAUUAAUGGUAAAAUAUACAGAAAAAGCAAAAUCAUUCGGUCAUUUUGCAACGAAUGCUUGUGCGAUUAUCGGUGGUGUAUUUACAGUUGCUGGAUUAAUAGAUUCAUUAUUAUAUCAUUCACUUAGAGCAAUACAAAAAAAAAUAGAAUUAGGAAAAUAUAACUAAAAUUCAAAUCAAUUUAUAGAUUUGAAAAAUAUUAUAGAAUAUUUGAAGAUAU